AUUUGAGGGGAUUUUGAUAUUGUAUAUUUAGAAUACAUUUGGGGUCCCUGUUAUUUUCAUGUUUGAAAGAAACUUGUUCCACAUAUACAUUUUCCUAUAUGUAAUGCAAAAACUUUGAAGCUCAAUAUCUCAAAACUGCUCAGAACGCAGAUAGAACCUUAUAAUUCCAAGGGGAAGAAUUAUAUAUCACUUAUAAAUUAUACAAAAAGAAAUUUAUAGUAGUUAUUAAGAUUGACAUGGUUUGAAAUUUGUCAAAUGUGCUUGAAAAAAAAAAAAGAUCAGAAUAUCGACGUGCCUAAUAAUUAUGCACGCACGGUUUGUCUUCCACAGUAGAAAUACACUCAUUCAUGAUUGGAAAGAUAUGAGGGAUAGGAGCAGCCAUGCCAUUUGGCUGUUUGACUCUGGGAGAGAAGAAGGACUACAACAGUCCUUCAGAGGUCACCGAUAAGUAUGACCUGGGACAGGUAGUCAAAUCGGAGGAGUUUUGUGAAAUCUUCAGGGCAAAAGACAAGAACACACUGAAAAUGUAUACCUGUAAAAAAUUCCUGAAGAAAGAUGGAAGAAAAGUACGAAAAGCAGCCAAAAAUGAGAUUCUCAUCUUAAAAAUGGUGAAGCAUCAUAACAUCCUCCAGCUGGUAGAUGUCUUUGAAACGAGAAAAGAGUACUUCCUCUUUCUGGAGCUGGCCACAGGAAGGGAGGUGUUCGACUGGAUCUUAGACCAGGGCUAUUACUCAGAACGUGACACCAGCAAUGUGAUCCGGCAGGUGCUUGAGGCUGUGGCUUACCUCCACUCUCUUCACAUCGUUCACAGAAACCUAAAGCUGGAAAAUCUGGUCUACUUCAACCGUCUGAAGAACUCUAAAAUUGUAAUCAGUGAUUUUCACCUGGCCAAACUGGAAAACGGUCUCAUCAAAGAGCCAUGUGGCACACCAGAGUACCUUGCUCCAGAGGUGGUUGGCAGACAGAGAUAUGGCAGACCGGUGGACUGCUGGGCCAUCGGGGUGAUCAUGUACAUCCUGCUGUCAGGAAACCCACCUUUUUAUGAUGAGACAGAAGAUGAUGAUUAUGACAAUCAUGAUAAGAACCUGUUCAGGAAAAUUCUGUCUGGAGACUACGAGUUUGAUUCACCCUAUUGGGAUGACAUCUCAGAUUCAGCAAAAAGCCUAGUUGCAUGUUUAAUGGAGGUGGAUCAGGACCAAAGACUGACCGCACAGGAAGCCAUCAAUCAUGAGUGGAUAUCUGGAAAUGCUGCUUCAGACAAGAACAUCAAAGAUGGUGUUUGUGCUCAGAUCGAGAAAAACUUUGCUAAAGCUAAAUGGAAGAAAGCUGUUCGUGUGACCACCAUGAUGAAGAGACUCAGGGCUCCAGAUCAGAGUGACUCUGGAGCCUCUAGUCCUGCAAUGGGAGCCUCGGGAGGACCUGUUACCCCCAGCACCACCCCUGUUCCUCUGGCUGCCACACCAGUUCCUCCCCGCACCGCCCCUCACCCCGAGGCCCAGACGCAGGAGGCCUUGGCUCCAACACGGUGUAAUGGAGAGAUACUGACAUCCCAGCAGCGUAGUGGGGAGACUAGGGAGGAUUAGAAUGGCUGAUUAAAUUUGGGCAAAUAUAGUGGCAAAAAGAGCAGCACCUACACGCUAAAUAUACAUUCCUUUUGAAAACUAAUGGUGGAGCAAAGUUCAGUUGUGUUUAAAAGCUUGAUCGUCAUUUUACAUGUUCAUUUGUGCAAAAUGCUGUAAUCUAGAAAGGCUUUAAAAUGUAAAUCCCAAUCCCAUAGUAGUUUUAUCUGCAUUUUCUUAAAUUUCAGUUGUAUUUAUUGCAUAACUAAAAAUUGCAAGUGUCAAAAUGAUUUUUUUUUUCACGUUGCAAAGAGCAAAGGAACAUUAAAAAACAAAACAAAUAUAGCCUCAAAAUGUGAAUCUUAAAGCCAUUAAAUAAGAGAAUUAACAAACACAAACAAAAGGAAAAUUAACACAUUUCAUUAAUGCAGAAGAGCCCAGAUUCAUAUUAAUAUUUUGUCUCAUAAUACUGGGUAACCAGCAACUAAAACAGCUGCUGUACUUAAUUGAUGUACAAGUCAUUAUGUUUUUGUCAAUACUAUCAUCAUAUCAAUAUAAUAUUACUCAGUGUUUUUUGUACUGCUGAUUCAUGUUUCUUUUUCUUUUGCUGUACUAUCUUACAAGAAAUUAUGUAGCUCUUUUUAUUCAAUCUGCCCUUAUAUCCUUAUUCUAAAGAGCACUGUAUUUUCUAUAGAAUACACCUGGUUUCAUUGAGUCUGAUACGUUGAGGCCUAAGGGUUUCCAAAUGUUCUGUUGAUGUGGAGUACAAACAAAGCAAUAUGGAUAUUGCUGUAAUACUGUGAAACUGCUAUACAGGUGAUAAAAUGUUCCUGCCAUAUUUCAUACCAGUAGCCAAGCAAUUUGCUCUUGAUGGUUGUUUGCGUAUUCGAUCUUAAAGCUAUAUAUAAUGUUCAGUUAUUGUAUUCUGCCCUAAACCCAGACCUGAUUUUUACUGUCCAUGUGGAGAAAGAGGAAUCAAAAUGUCCUUGAACUGCAAAUCCUGCUGUAGCUCAUGUCAAUUAUGGCAUAGUUAUUUGUUGUUUUUUGUAUGUUUUAAUUGAUUGUCUUUGGCAUGGUCAUGUGUUUAAUUUUAAGCAUUUGCUAAAUAUACUCCCCAUUGUAUAUAGCUUCACUGAGUUUUAUCUGGUAGUAUUAUCUCAGUAAUGUAAAAGGAACUAUACAGACGUACAUUCUGAUCUCUGUGUGCAUUAGCUGAAAACCAUAAUUUUCUCCUGUUUAGCCUAUGUUUUCCUCUUUAUGAACUGACGGCAGGCUCUGUAAACACUGAAUAUAUAUUUUCUGAGAAAAGUUUUCAUAGAAGACAGAGCAGAAAAUCAAGUGAUUGUGCAAAUUCAAAGUAAAAUGUGUAAUUCAUAAUUUCAUGUAUCAGCUCAGCCUAAUGUGUUUGUCACUGUUUGUAGCUUCUGUAUUUUGUUACUCGAUAUGCAGAAUAAAUGUUUUGGACAGUG